AAACACACACACACACACAUGGCUCCCUCCACUUGAACAGAGGAAUAUGUCAUUUUCUGCCCGUGGUCACGUGACCGCUCGCCCUGUGAGAUGGAUGGAGAUGGAUCUCCACGUCAGCUCGCGUCUGAAAAUUUCAGCUGCGCGAAUAUGCUUCAAAGGCACAGCAGCAACAGCAGCAGCAGCCGCGCCGGAGCGCGUGUGUAGAGCCCGGCCAAGCCCCGAGCCAUGAUGGAUUUUGACGAGCGGGUGCCCGUUGGGUCGAACAUGUAUCUACCCAGCUGCACGUACUACGUGUCCGGGACGGACUUCUCGAGCCUCCCGCCGUUCCUGCCCCAGACCCCGUCGUCCUGCCCCAUGACAUACUCGUACUCGUCCCCCAGUCUCCCGCAGGUCCAGUCCGUAAGGGAGGUCUCCUUCAGGGAAUAUGGCAUUGACACAGCCAGCAAAUGGCACCACCGGGGAAAUCUGUCCCACUGUUGCAGCGCGGACGACGUGGUGCACCGGGACUGUCUAUCGAGCCCCGGGACGCUGGGGGAAAUGUUUGCAAAAAACAACUCGGUUGUCUAUCAUUCCGCGCCCAGCCACACGUCCAAUCUAUACGGCGGCGUGGGCAGGAACGGAGUCCUACCGCAGGCGUUUGACCAGUUCUUCGAGACCGCAUACGGCAGCACAGAGAGUGUGUCAACGGAGCAGCCGGUGGACAGGACCGCCAGCAAACCACCGCCUGCACCGGAGUCCGGCUCGGACACGUGCCGGGAAACGGGGGAGAAAGAGCGGCGCGAGGAGAACAGCAGCCCUGAAUCCUCUUCCGGCAACAAUGAGGAGAAAUACAGCGGCGGCAGUGGCCAGAGGACACGGAAAAAGAGAUGUCCAUACACAAAGUACCAGAUCCGGGAGCUGGAGAGAGAGUUCUUCUUCAGCGUGUACAUAAACAAGGAGAAGCGCCUUCAGCUCUCCCGGAUGCUAAACCUCACCGACAGGCAGGUCAAGAUUUGGUUUCAAAACCGGCGGAUGAAGGAGAAGAAGCUGAACCGGGACCGGCUGCAGUACUACAGCGCGAACCCACUGCUGUGAGCCACGAGCUGUGAGCGCGAGAGGCCCGCGCUGGGACAGCAGAGACGCGAUGGUUAAUUUCAAGUUCGCGGCUGUGGGCGACAUUCCGCCCUUCGGACUCCAAACUGCAACUGGAAUCAGAAUUUCUCUUCACAGCUCAGUUGUGAUGCCCCUUCGUGCUCUGAACUAAAGAAAAAAAACAUUAUUUGCAAUGUGUCGUGUUCCACGGCAGGGC